CUAGUAUAAGGAUAGUUUGGGAGAUUAGAAAAAGCAAUCACAGUUACCUGCCAUUUUGGUAUGUAGGGAGGGAGAAGAAACCAUCACAGCAGCACAAACAAACAUAACUCUACUUAUCUUUCUUCCAAUUUCAUUCAACAUUUUUCCCUUCCCUCCGACAACCUCAAAACAAUGUUCCUAUUUUUUCUCUUCCUUCUAUUACCUCACUUCACUCUUUCCAACACAAUCAUUUUAUCACAAAACAAAACACUCUUAAGCCAAAACCAAACCUUCCAACUUGGUCUCUUCAACUUAGAACAACAAAACCAACUACAACCUCGUUACUAUCUUUCCAUCCGUUUCACUUCCCUCCCUUCUCCAAACAUCAUUUGGGUCGCAAACCGUAAUAAACCCAUCUCAUCUCUCACCGGUUCAGCUCUUCAAUUAACCCCAACCGGUCAAUUACUCUUAACCCAAAACGACACCGUUUUAUGGCAAACUAAAAACACUCUUGAUGAAUCUCCUCUUCCUCAACUGAAUCUUCUAGAAAAUGGAAAUUUAGUUCUCGAGACUAAAAACGGUGUCGUUUUAUGGCAAAGCUUUGAUGAACCAACUGACACGUGGCUACCAGGUAUGAACUUAACUAGGGUUCAUAACUUACUCUCGUGGCGCACGUUAACCAAUCCUGAUAAUGGUUUUUAUUCACUGCGGUUAAAACCACCGAAUUACGGUGAAUUUGAGCUUGUUUUUAAUGGCACCGUUUCGUAUUGGGACACCGGUAAAUGGACUGGUGGAGCAUUUACAGGUGUUCCUGAGAUGACGGUGCCUAUUUAUAGAUUUGAUUUUGAAGAUGCUUAUUCGCCAAUGGCGUCGUUCGGAUUCUCCGAACGGGCUUUGGAGAAUGGUGUUAGACCGCCUACGAUGUUUAGGGUUGAGCCGUUUGGGCAGAUGAGGCAGUAUACAUGGUCGAGUCAGGCAGGUUCCUGGAAUAUGUUUUGGUCUAGACCGGAGUCGAUUUGUUCGGUUAAGGGUGUUUGUGGGAGGUUUGGUGUUUGUGUUGGUGAUGUUUUGAGGGUUUGUGAGUGUGUUAAGGGUUUUGUGGCGGUGGACGGUGGUGGAUGGAGUUCCGGUGAUUAUUCGGGGGGAUGUUGGAGAGGGGAGAAGGUUUGUGAUAAUGGUGAUGGUUUUGAGGAUUUUGGUGUUGUAAGGUUUGGUUUUGAGAAUGUGAGUAGUUUCAGGGCUAAAUCUAGGAGUUUGUGUGAGCGAGGUUGUUUGAAUUCUUGUGAUUGUGUUGGUUUGAGUUUUGAUGAAAAGAGUGGGUUUUGUAGGAAUUUUUUGGGGUCUCUUUUUGAUUUUCAGAAUUUGACUGCUUUGGAGAGUGGAGGUGGGAAUGGGAAUGUGUUGUAUGUUAGGGUUCCUGGUAAUGUAUCCGAGGGGAAGAUUAAGGGGUGGAAUGGUAAGGUUUUGAGUGGUGUUGUUAUUGGAUGUGUUUUGUUUUUGGUUUUGGUUUUGGGUGUGGUUGCGGUGACUUUGGUGGUGUUGGCGAAGAGGAAGCGAUUGAAGAAGGAGAAUGGGUUGGAGGAAGAUGGGUUUGUUCCUGUGUUGAAUUUGAAGGUGUUUUCUUACAAGGAGCUUCAAUUGGCGACUCGAGGGUUUUCUGAGAAACUUGGGCAUGGUGGGUUUGGGACGGUGUUUCAAGGGGAGUUGAGUGAUUCUACUGUUGUUGCUGUGAAACGUUUAGAGAGGCCGGGAGGUGGAGAGAAAGAGUUUAGGGCUGAGGUUUCAACAAUUGGGAACAUUCAGCAUGUUAAUCUUGUGAGGUUAAGAGGUUUUUGUUCUGAGAAUGCACAUCGACUUUUGGUUUAUGAGUACAUGCCGAAUGGUGCCCUUAGCGCUUAUCUGCGAAAGGAGGGGCCUUGUUUGAGCUGGGAUGUUAGGCUCAGGGUAGCAAUAGGAACUGCUAAAGGCAUAGCAUAUUUACAUGAAGAAUGUAGAAGUUGCAUUAUACAUUGUGAUAUCAAACCUGAAAACAUUCUUUUGGAUAGUGAUUUCACCGCCAAGGUUUCUGAUUUUGGAUUGGCAAAGCUAAUUGGUAGGGACUUCAGCAGGGUGUUGGCAACUAGGAGAGGUACUUUGGGAUAUGUAGCACCGGAGUGGAUUUCUGGCGUUGAAAUUACUACUAAAGCUGAUGUUUACAGCUAUGGAAUGACAUUACUAGAACUUGUAGGCGGUCGCCGGAAUGUUGAGGCACCACCUUCGUCUGGUGAUAGAAAGAGUGAUUGUGAGACAGGAGACAAGUGGUUCUUUCCUCCAUGGGCAGCGCAGCUGAUAAUCGAUGAUAAUGUGGCUGCUGUGGUUGAUAAGAAGCUUGGAAAUGUAUAUAACAUUGAAGAGGCUAAGAGGGUUGCUCUGGUAGCAGUUUGGUGCAUUCAGGAUGAUGAGGCAAUGAGACCUACUAUGAGUAUGGUGGUGAAAAUGUUAGAAGGGUUAGUGGAGGUGGCACUUCCACCGCCGCCUAAGUUGCUACAAGCAUUGGUUACUGGAGAGUCCUUUCGUGGUGUCAAGGUUGAUUCGAGUAAUGCGGUUUCUACUGCUGGCAGUUCAUCUUUCUGCGACAACAUGGAAGUAUCAGUUGCUGAUUCAGAAUCAUGUAUAGGAGAAGUUUUUUCCCCACCGGAUGGCAUUGUCAAUGUUCGAUAACAAAGAGCCAAUUGUAGUCCAGAUCUAUGAAGCACAGACACUUACACAUCAAAACCAGUAAUAGUAAUUUGAUACACUAACACAUGUUAGACACCGGACACGUCUUCAAUUUCAAGUGUUGGUGCUUCAUAGGUCCAUAUUAUAGCACUGUAAGUUAGUAUACCACUUCUCCACCUUCCCUCGCUUUUUUUUUUCUAUCUAAAUAGAGGGAUUGGAAGAAAAAAGUACAUUGGAAGUGUUGAUGUAAAUUAGUUCCCUUUGUUGGAUAACUUUUGGUUAUUUGGAAUUACGAUGUUGGAUAAUGAAAGAGUGGAUUCCCAGUUUCUAAUUUCCAAUAUUCUUUCAAGUGAAAUGAAAUUAUUAACUUUUAGCAUGUGCAUUUGAAUACCCUUGUAUUGUAACAGUAGAUAUCAAAAUAAGUUUAUGUUUGA